AGAAAUGUUAGACUUCAUUUUUAGAUUUAUUUCUAAAGUUUGUAAUUCGUGCUUAUAAGUAUAUAAUACCACCGCCUCCCCUUCUGUAGGGAAUUAGUGGCAGACAUAGUUUAUGCGCAAGCAAAUAGUUACACACUUAUGCUGAAUCAAAUCUCACUAGUUCGGGCGCAUAGAUAACAAGUCCAGUCGAAAAGUUUUGGUCCGUAGACGGAAGGGCUCAACGGAUCGGCUGAAUGCGCUGAAAAGUACGUGAGUCGUUCAGUUGCCGUGAAGCAUCCAAACAGACCGAAAGGGGCAGCGACCACGAUGAGCGGCGUUGGGUUUAUUGACUUUGACAUCGGCGUGCCGUGGGGCCGAGUUGCCUGCCGCUGGUACGGUAAUCGUCAGGUGCGUCCGCUGCUCGCCAUUCACGGCUGGAUGGACAAUAUGGGCAGCUUUGCACGUCUUAUACCAUUGCUGCCCGACCAUCUGGGCGUGCUUUGCGUCGAACUGUCUGGCCAUGGACGCUCCUCUCACUAUCCGGCUGGCAUGCAGUACUCUGUCAUUGAAUGGACGAGCAUUAUUCGCCGGCUGGUGCAGCAUUUCAAGUGGAGGCGCGUUUCGCUGAUGGGUCACUCGUUUGGCGCCGUCGCCUGCAAUCUGUACGCCUCCUUCUAUGGCCGAGAUCAUGUUGAUAUGCUGAUUGCCAUUGAUCUGCUCACCAUACCCUAUAAGACCAGCAGCUUUUACAUCAAGUACUUGGCCAACAGCGUGGAGCGCAUGCUGCAGCCGGUGCCAGCACCCAAGCUGUAUACCGCAGAGCAACUGAAAGGGGUACGCUGGGGACCAGCUCCCACGGUAAGCAAGGAGCACGCACAGCCGCUGGUGGAACGUUGCACUAGACCGUCGUCAGAUCAACCGGAUAAGUUUUAUAUAUCUCGGGACUUGCGGCUGGCGCACCACACGCUCUUUCCAAUUGGCGUUGGCCUCGUGAGGGAAUUGAAUCAGCGCAUACAUAACAUUCCAUACAUGGUCAUUAAGGCGAGCGACUCCAACUUCAUUAACGAAGGUUUCAUACCAGCUCUGCAGACUUUACGCAAACAGAAUCCCGAAUUCGAGUAUCAUUUGGCGCAGGGAGCUCAUCAUGUGCUGAUUAGCGACCCGAAACAGCUGGCUGGAUGGAUUGUGCCCUUCAUAAACAGGCAUCGACCAGCCUCCAGAUGGGAGCAUCCAGGGCAACUAAAUAUUAGCAAACUAUGAGGUGUUAAAAGCGAAGGGAUUCGUAGCGUAUCUCUAAACACACGUGCACGUGGCACUAAAAAUAGUUUUUAUUUUCCUUAUUUACAAUAUGCUGAAAGAGAUAAGAAGAAUGAGUACAACAUAAGAACGUGCUAUGAUUAGGCUUUUACAUACUA